AGAAAAUCACCCCUACACUAGGAGAUCAGCCGAAUACGAAGAGCAGAUGUCUUCAGAGUGGUGUUAGUUCCGGCCGCUCGGAAUUGUGAACGCUCUCUGUACACGUAUGUAUACAGUGCGCCGGGGGUUAUUUGAUGGACCAAGCGUGCAUGCUGUUCCCGCAGUCUGCUAGAAACCGCAGUCCCGCAAAGGUGGUGUGCAUCACUGCCAUUCUUUCUUGCGGUUUAUCCCCUUUUUACAUGUUUUGAUUCAAUUCAAAAACAAGUCGAAUUCGAAAUGACUGUAGACUUUGACUUGAUUUUACCCGACGUGGGUGAGUACGGGAAAUAUCAGAAACUGAUGGUUUGGUUCGUUUUCCUUCCCGGGAUGAUUCCCUGCGGUUUCCACGCAUACAAUCAGCUGUUUAUGGCGACCCAGCCGAAAUUUCGAUGCCUAGUACCCGAUCUCGAUUUAGUGGACCGCAAUCUCACCGAUGACUUUAUCCGCAACAUCAGUAUUCCGUUCGCGAUCAACAAAGAGGGGCGAUGGGACUCUAGCUCGUGUUCGAUGUACGCGCGGAACUAUUCGGCAGAGGAAAACUUGGCUGCGCUACUUCAGCCUGGAGGAAAUGUGUCAUCGGAUAUUCCAGCAACAGUGCCAUGCCAAGCGGGUUGGAAGUUCCAGUACAGCGACCAAGAGAGUACCACGGUAGUGGCUGAAUGGGCGUUGGUGUGCGACAAAGAUUUCUACACGACGAUGGCCCUAGUCCUUUUCGGCGUCAGCGGACUCGUUGGAAACUGGAUUUUCGGCUACAUCCAGGACAGCAUGGGGAGGCGACCGGCUUUCUUUAUUUAUCUUUUGAUUGAGAGCGUGUUUGCCAUAGCAACGGCGUUCGCUCCGACUUUCGGUGUUUGGCUGGCAUGUCGCAUUGGUGUCGGUUUCACCGUUCCAGCCAUCAUGGGGACGCCUUUUGUCAUGGCUAUUGAACUGGUAGGUCCAUCCUGGAGGACACAUGUCGCCUUACUCGCCAACGUGGUUUACUCGUUCACCCUCUGUCUUUUGGGUGUAGUGGUUUGGCUGGUUCGUGACUGGCGUCAAAUGUCGCUGGCCACAUCCCUGCCGUUCUUAGCCUUCUUCUUCUACUGGUGGGUAUUGCCCGAAUCUCCGAGAUGGCUCCUAUCUCAGGAUAGGAUAGCGGAAGCCGAAGUUGAAAUCCGCAAAAUGGCCCGCAUGAACAAACGAACUUUACCACCUGGAUAUUUCAAUCAAUUUAAAACUCAGACCGAAGAAGCGGGAGAUGAUACCGACUCCAAUCAUUCCCAUCCGACUUACGGAGCGCUGGAUCUGGUGAAGACGCCCAACAUGGCCAGAAAAACCGCAAUCAUCACCUUUAUCUGGUUCACGGUCACUUCGGUGUACGUUGGCCUUUCCUAUUACGCCCCGGCGUUGGGCGGCAACGAAUAUUUGAAUUUCCUGUUGGCAGGCGUGGCCGAAUUGCCGACUUAUUUUUUCCUUUGGCCGACAAUGGAUCGAUGGGGUCGCAGAUGGACGCUCUGCUUCUCAAUGAUAUUGGGCGGCGUCGCUUGCCUGGCUACUUUAUCCUUCCAAGAUAAUUACGUCGCGACGCUCGUGCUUUAUUGUAUCGGGAAAUUCGGAAUUUCUUCCGCUUUUGUGGUCCUGCCUUUGAUGGCGUCUGAACUCUAUCCGACCGUAGUGCGUGGGAUUGGGAUCAGUAUAAGCGGCGUCGCAGGAAUGCUGGGCCCGAUCUUUAUUCCCCUUAUAAACUACUUGGGAACUGAGAGUCUGAUGGUUUUACCUCUGAUGAUCAUGGGCGGUUUGAUGGUGGCUGGGGGUCUGUCGGCGUUAACUCUGCCGGAAACUUUGCACCAGCAUCUUCCGCAGACUUUAGAAGAGGGGGAACUGUUUGGCAAAGAUUUUGGAUACAAGCAAUGGCUAACCUGUUGCCCGCCACGUCCGAAUCGACGAGAAGAACACGAAAACGACGUUGCUCAAAGAUUGGCGGAGAAUCCUGACAUUGCCAAACCUCUAGUGACUCCAACGAUAGCUUCGUCAAUCACAUCUGCCAUUUGAAGGGUAUCAACAGUGAAUCGGGGGGGGGGGGGGGGGAAUCUCCGCCCAUUCCAAAUCCAUGGGUGUUCACGUAUUCAAUUUUUUAACAGUCUUCCAAAGACAUAUCCGCAUCUCAAUUUUCAACUCUUAGGAAAAAGAAUCAUUCGCUUUUGAUGUUUUGUCUCGUGACCCGUUUUUCUAUUUCAAAUUUUAAUCUAGAUCAAUAUACAUAGCCCAGAUUAUUACUAUACUUUAACGCCGUUGGGUGGCUCCCAUUCAUUUGAGUUCACAUUUUUAAAUAGCUGUGUUUUUUUAAUGGGCAGAUUAACCUUCAGUUAGAAAUCACCUAGGCCUACAUCCCUUUUCUCCGGAUGCUAUAGCAACCUUGAACGCACGAUGAUGACCUUAGCGAUUUAAUCCGCUUUGAAAGUUAUUAGUCUUGGUUUCUGUAUAUUUUCCAGUUGUAUUUCGUGAACAAACCCGGCGACAAAAAAAUGCGUGAUUAUAUCGAAGAAAGCAACAGGCAUAAAGUUUUGAUUAUUUCCACAACAAAAAAACACAAACA